AAUUAUAUUUAUAUAAUAUUUUAAUAACUAAACUAAAUAGAUGUCGAAAAGUGGAUCAAAUGAAAGGGUCACUAUAUGGGAAAGAUCAAGGCAUAUUUAUUGUAGAGACUUUAUUCUUUCUAGUGGGAAUGAUGAGGCCACCCAUACUGGAUUUAGUACCCAUAAUCCUUGGACAGCCGUUAUUGUAUCUUGAUGAAGAAGGCAAGGCAAGGCAGUUGCUGGGUUAUUGCAGGUGCUGGGUUUGACGCUGGAUUCGAUUUUUCAAUUUCAAACCUACCAGCCGCUAGGUUUUUGCAGGUGCUGGGUUCGAAAUCGAACCCAACAGGCGGUGAGUUUCAUUUCAAACCCAGCAGCUGCUGGGUCUGUGGAACCCAGCGGGUGCUAGGUUUGAGCAGCCGUUGUGUUCCUGCAAGUGAGGCUCUGGGUUUCGUUUCGAACCCAGCAGCCGUUGGGUCAAGUAUCUAUUGAGUUUAAUCUGUUGAUUUGUUGUGUUAUCCUCGAAUUUAAUAUUAAGAGUUAGGUACGCACGAUGAUCAUUGGAAUGCCUUUCCUUAUGCUUGGUAAGCAAUAUUCCCUCAAUUAGCCUUUUUCUUUGUUUUUGUGCUAUAUCUUGAUUCUUUAUAGAAAUAAAGCAAAUAAAUUUUGUUUGUUUUA